AUUGACCAACUAUUAUAAACAAGACAAGGAAUGUCAAAAAAAGAAGAAGCUAUAUUUGAGGUUAAAAUACCUUCCAAAACGUGAAGAUACAAAUUAUUAAUUUCUGAAAUAAAAUGGGCUCUGAAGUAAUUGAAGACUUCAAAAUAAAGGAAGAGGAAGAAAAAAUCAAACCGUCGGUAAAUGGGGGAGUUAAAUUUCCCACUGAAUCAAAAUAUUCCAAUAUAAAGAAUAAGCAAAUCAGGAUCCAACAAUAUCAAAAAGAUAAACGAGAAAGAAAAAAAGCCAAAAAAGAUGCCAAGAAGGCUAGAGAAAAGGAAGGUCUGCCAAAAAAAAUUCCUCAUACAAUUGAAAGUCUUAGAGAAAAAGAUGAAACAAUAAUUACAGACUUAACUACAGAUGAAAAUGAACUUAUUAGGGAUGAUUUGGAUCAAGAUGAGUUUAAUGAAUUUUAUAAGCAGUCUUAUGAACCAAAAGUAUUAAUUACAUAUGCUGAUAAUCCUAUGAGGAAAACAAGAAUUUUUGGAAGAGAACUUACCAGAAUUAUACCAAAUUCAGUGUCAUUAUACAGGAACAGAUCUGGUGUUAAAAAAAUUGUUAAAAGUGCAAUAAAAAAAGAUUUUACCGACAUUUUAAUCAUUAAUGAACACAACAAAGAACCUGAUGGUUUGCUGGUUAUCCAUUUACCGGAUGGUCCUACUGCGCACUUCAAGGUUAGUAAUGUUAGAAUAACAACUGAACUAAGAAAGAAUCAUAGAGAUAUCACAGCACAUCGACCUGAAGUUGUUUUGAAUAACUUUGCUACAAGAUUGGGUUUGACCAUUGGUAGAAUGUUGGGAGCAUUAUUUCAUUACGAUCCAGAAUUUGAAGGCCAAAGAGCUGUUACUUUCCAUAAUCAAAGAGAUUUUAUAUUUUUCCGACAUUACAGGUAUGGUUUUGAUGCUAAUGGGCAAAAGUGCAGGUUGAAAGAGCUGGGACCAAGAUUUACUUUAAAACUAAAAUCUUUGCAGAAAGGUACAUUUGAUAGUAAAUAUGGACAAUAUGAAUGGAUAAUUGACGGAAGGAGACAUUCUAUGGAAACAAGUAGAAGAAAAUUCCAUUUGUAAAAAUUAUGUUAAUGGUUGUCACUAUUUUGUCAUAUUAAUUGAUCGAUAAAAUUUGUUGUAUUAUUUCUUUUACUAAAAAAAAUCUGUUCAUCUUA